UUUGAGCUCACCGGUGUCUUCGCUCGCAUCGGACCCUAAACUCAUUUGGACGUUUUGGAGUCUGAAGUAGCCCACUCUUCUGCCUUCACUGAUAUACAAUGAGCAGUCCAAAUCCUCAGAUUGCUGACGAUGCGCUGCCCUCCCAAAAUCCAAGCUUGGUGGGGCAUCAACAAUGCGAAGACCAACAAAACAUGCAUUUUGAUUCUCAAUCUUCCAAAACCCUAAUUGUGGAUGAUCAAGAUCCUGAAAAUCUUACCCAGCAGGAUGCGAGUAAUCCUGAAGAAGUUGCUCAAGAAUCUGAAAACCCACGGGAUUCUCUCGUGGAAGUCCAGACCGAUACUCAAAACGGGGACGACGUAGAUGCCACUUCGGUUCUCUCUCCCCGGCAUGCUGAUACCAGCGUCUCUGUCUCUGAAACAUCUGCUCGUCGAGGCCCGAAGCGGAAGAGAAUGGGGCACAAGCGGACUGCUCAGGAAAAGAAGUCCCGGGAGAAGUUUCAGGUACUCGUUGAAACUCUAAAACCCAUACCGUUUGUACCGGUAAAAACUCUCGACUUUACGAGCCAUGAGACGCUCUUGCGGCGACUUGGGCUGUGGGAUUUCGUUCAUAUUGAGUUCGAUAGAAAUAUUCGGAGCGAUCUUGUCGCGCAACUGAUUGCCGGUUAUACCCCGCCUUCGCGUUCCAGUUAUGUGAAUGGGAUGAGGAUUAUGGUGAACCGGGCUGACUUGGGCCGUGCUUUGAGGUUGCCAGUGAAGAAGCCUGUUGUUACAGAUGAUGUUUUGGAGACGCUAGACUUGGCAGAAUCUAUAUCGUUUAUUGAAGAAGUCGUGUCAAAUUGGAUGCUUUUGCAUGAGGAUGCCUAUAUUAUGCCUACUGAGGUUUUGACUUUUACUAAGAUGAUCAAGGAGGGGCACUUGGAGAAGGUUGAUUGGGCGGGAUUGAUAUGGCAGAUGGUUGAAAAAGAAUUGAAAAACCCACAGUUGGUAAAUUGUUACUAUGCAUCACAUUUGCAGCAGUUAAUUAAGGUACAGCGGGAGGAGUUUCUAAGAGAAGAGCCUAAGGUGGUGAUUGGGGUGAAGGACGAGGAAGAGGAAGAGGAAGAAGAUGAUGACGGGGGUGGUGAUCUGAAAAUGAGUGGAGUUGAGGAUGGGAGUGGUGAUUUGAAAUUGGGUGGAGCUGAGGAUGGUGGCGGUGAUCCAAAAUCAGGUGGAGUAGAGGAUGGUGGUGGUUAUGCAAAAUUGGGUGGGGUCGAGGAUGGUGGCGGUGAUCUAAAAUCGGGUGGAGUCAAUGAUGGUGGUGGUGAUCUGAAAUUGGGCAGGGCUGAGGAUGGAGAUGGUGAUUCAAAAAUGGGUGGAGCUGAGGAUGGGGGUGGUCACACAAAAAUGGGCGGAGCUGAGGAUGGCAGUGAUGAUUUGAAAAUGGGCGGAGCUGAGGAUGGGCGCGGUGAUUUGAAAAUGGGCAGAGCUGAGGAUGGGUGCGGUGAUUUGAAAAUGGACAGAGCUGAGGACGGGGGCAGUGAUUUGAAAAUGGGCGGAGCUGAGGAUGGGAGUGGUGAUUCAAAAAUGGGCGGAGCUGAGGAUGGGAGCGGUGAUUCAAAAAUGGGCGGAGCUGAUGAUGGGAUGGGUGAUUCAAAAAUGUGUGGAGCUGAUGAUGGGAGUGGGGAUUCAAAAAUGGGCGGAGCUGGUGAUGGGAGUGGGGAUUCAAAAAUGGGCAGAGCUGGUGAUGGGAGUGGGGAUUCAAAAAUGGGAGGAGCUGAUGAUGGGAGUGGUGAUUUGAAAAUGGGUGGAGCUGAUGAUGGGAGUGGUGAUUUGAAAAUGGGCGGGGUUGAUGAUAGUGAUUUCAGAAUGGGUGGAGUUAACUGUGGACAACGAGCCCAAGAGUUGGAGGAACACAACAUUGAACUGAGUCUUGGGCAAGACAAUGUUGAAAAGGUUGAAGUAGAAAAGGAGCAGGAUGUAGGUGAACACAUCAUGAAUGUUGAGGAGUUUAAGGAAAAAGAACCUAGACAAUGGCUUUUGGAUAGGAAGGACAAUUCAAUUGUCAUGGAUAUCGAGGAGCUUAAGGAAGAGGAACCUGGACAGUGGCUUUUGGAUAGGAAGAAUAAUGUGGGUGAGCCCUUUCUGCGGCAAUGUAGUUUCAGUGAUGUGAAGGAAGAGGGAGAAGGUCCAGAUGGGGGAGAAGAUGAGGGAGAGGAGGAGGAGGAGGAGGAAGAGGAGGUUGAAGAAGAUGAACACGAGGGAGGGUACCAUCUACCAUCUAAGUGUAUAUCUUUGGAGGGAAUGUCUUCAGGGAGUCUCAUGCAUGCAAUGGAAGCAGGACAAAUGCCUUUUAAUUCUGGCAUUGAACUUCGUGAUAAUUCUAUUGGAGAUUUUCUUACUUCUAGAGAAGACGGUCAAAUGCUUUCUGGGACAUCCCUUUUUAAUAAUGGUCACAAAAGAGAUAUUGGCCAGGAUAAUAAUAACUCUCAUCAUUCUCUAAAUGGUACCAACAAGCGGCUUAGAAGUGACAGCCCAUGGAAUGCUAAACCAGUUGACUUUGAGAUGUGCAUGGAGCAAAUAGAACAUUGGAUGGGCAAAGCUAGAAUGAUGUAUGGAGCGAAAGAACAGUCUUGUGAAGAUUUAAACAUGAAUCAACAACUCUUGCUGAAUGAGCUGCAGAAGCGGAAUAGCAUGAUUGAUAAUUUGCACAAAGCAAAUAUGGAUGAGAGUCAGAAGAGGCAGAUGGAGGUAUAUCGGCUAGAGAAGGAACUUUAUAUGAUGUCAAACCUCUUGGAUGGUUACAGAAAGGCCUUAAAGGAAACACAGAAGGCUUUUGCUGAAUAUAGAGCUCGAUGUCCACAAGCUGAUGAACCCCUUUACAAGGAUGUACCUGGGUCUGGGGGUCUUGUUCUGAGUGUGAUGGAACUGGAAAAGGAACGUCUGAAGCAAGAAGAAGAACAAAGGAUGAAGCGAUUGAUGAUUGAAAAGAAAUUGAAAGAUUUUGAAGGAGGCUGGAUUACUAAACUUGAAGAUCAUCUGAAUGGAAUUGAGUUGCUGGGUAAUAGGUUGCUGGUUAUUGAAGAUCAAGUAAAAGAUUUGAAUGCAAAAUGCAAGGUUUCAGAUCCUCCGGAAUGUCCUCCGAGUGAAGAAGAUCCUCCAGAAUGUCCUCCGAGUGAAGAAGAUCCUCCAGAAUGUCCUCCGAGUGAAGAACAAACAGCUUAGGUGGGUUUAACCUUUCCGUUCAUGUCAUAUAGAAGCAACUCAUGUUUAAAGUUCAAUGAACGUCCCUUUGUUCAUAGUGUACAAAGUUUACUAUUUAAGCUGGAUCUAUAAACUGCAGAAUUUUCUUACAUGUGAUUUUGUGACCCAGAUUACAAGCUUUGGCAAUUUCUGAUUGUUCAUUUAUGCGCAAUGUUUAUCAUAUAUGCAUAUGGUUCAAUAUCUUCAAUUAUUAUUCA